ACUGCAGCAGCACAUCAAGGCUUUACUGAAAGACAGGACGAUGUUGGAGAGCAUAGUCCGUCAACAAGAAGAUGAAAUUAAGUCACUUCAGGAGGAAAGAAACAGUCUGCAAAGCAGGCUUUCUGAAAUAAACCAUGGCUUCUCUCGCUGUCCGUGUGGAUGGACGGAAUACCUGGUCAAAUGUUACUGGAUCUCCUCGAGCACAAAAACCUGGCAUGAAGCCAAGGAAGACUGCAAGGCAAAAGAAGCUGAGCUGGUGGUCAUAAACAGGAAAUGUGAGCAGAAUCUACUCAGUACAUUGGAUACUGCUGAGGACCAAGUGUGGAUUGGCUUACAGCAUCAGUCAGCCUACUUCAGCUCAGGAUGGAGCUGGGUGGACGGAAGCCCCCUGAGAUUUCAUAACUGGGAUGUCCAGCAGCCGGAUGAUGAGUACACACUCCACAGGCGCCAGGCAGAGUGUGUGUACGCCGACCGUGAGCGGCUGGACAAGUGGCACAACGCUCCCUGCACCGAGUCGCACCGCUGGGUGUGUCAGAAAGAGCUCAAGUGAUGCAGCUCACACACUCUCUCACACAUUGUCACACACUGUCACACACACUUACACACUGUCACACACUCUCACACAUGUGGAAACACAGCAGGUUGGGCAGGUCAUAAAGUUCUUCCUCUGGAUUUCAUUUAAUUCAAUCAAAUGUCUUUGCUUUUUUAUUAUCUUGAUGAGGCCUUGCUGUGAUAAGUUUAAUGUUUCUGACUGUUUGUAUUUGGGGGAAACGCAGCAGUGCUCGCUGUUAAACUGUGAGUCUGGAUAUGAUACGUCAGUUAAAUUUGUUAAGUAUCAAGCCUGGUUGAUUAACUUGAGAAAGAAAAAUAUCCCAAAUAAUGUCAGCAGAAAGUUGGGAUGAGCCAGAGCAGGAAUUAAAUGUCUAAAAUGUGCUUGGUGGAAAUAUAUUUUACAUGCCACUGGUGACCACUAGAGAAUGUCAUCUUAACAUAUAUAUAUAUAUUUUUUUAAUUAUAACUCCA